AUGGGUGUCAUAUCGGGGAGCAAAGUUGUUUCUGCGGCAUCCAUAUCCAGAGACCCAGGCUCUCACUUACAUAAAGAUGAAGUAGGCCCUCCCAGGCCCUCUAUUACUCGAGAGGGCGUACAAGGCAAACCAAGCCUGCCAUCACAUUUUUCGACAGCAUUCAUUGACUCCAGCCCGCUGGUCAUAAUUACACAUACUUCCCCAACAGAUCAGGUCUCUGGUGGGACUAAGCUUUCAAUCAUUGGCAACACAAAUACCACUGCGGGCGCCUACCACUCACAUGUGUAUGAAAAACAAACACUCGGCAAAGACAUAUACCAAACACAAUUGCUCGGUCGGCGCCCGCAGUGUACAAGGGCGGCUGUAAAAGAUAACCAAAUCCAGGAUUCGGAUUUUUCGUCCGAAACCAGGGCGCCAACCCAUCCCAUUACCACGCUCCUCACGGUCACCGUGACAGCUACAGCUUCUUCGAAGCCUUUAUUCAUAUCUACAGGGUCUGUUGCUCCCAAUCCAAGUCAGACAUUAUUUACAACCCCAAAGACUUCGAUUUCAUCGACAACAACAACAUCUAAUAUUUCUUCAACCUCGCUUUUAGCAGAUCCCCAAACAACCGUCCAGCCAAGCCAAUUGAAGACAUCUUCAACAAAGGUUAUUCCUAUUUCCAUCAGCAUCGUGGCAGUGGCACUUGUCGUAACACUUGCCAUGUUUCUUAUUCGGAGGAGAUUCAAGCGGAGGGAUGAGGGCCGUCGGGACACUAUAGUCCAAUUGUUGAAUGCUGACGUCAAAAAGCGGGACCACGUCCUUAACAUAGACCCCCUCUCAUCAAAUUCUACGUCCACUUCGCAAAGGUAUAUGGACACCGUUGAAGAAGUUGCACACCCCGUAGGAGGUAAAACACCUGUGGACGCGGAAACACUUCGAAGAAUGAGUGACAGCACUAUUGCGAGUAUACCGAGCUCUACGCAGAGAUACAUGUAUAACGUUGGGGUCGCAAAAUAUCCCACUGGAGGUGAUACUUCUGUGGCCAGUGGUACGCCACGGAAGAUUAGUUGGGGUACCAUUUCGAGCACACAGACCUCUGCACAGAGGCUGAAGAUGGAAUUUCCACUAGAUGAGGGGUACAAGACCCCCGCUUACAGGUCGACAUUAUCGUAUCUGAGUUUUGUGGAUGACGGUAACCAAUCAGGACUACCUUCUGGACAAAUUAUUUUAUCCUACUAUCUGGCCAACUUCCUUUUGAUAGAGCCCGACAAUACACCGGUGAGAGACAACGUUGUAUAG